GUCACAUGGUGAGCCGGGGGGACUACGGGGGGCGCCCCCACCCACUUACGCAGAGUUCCCCAAUGGGGAAAUAUCUCGAUCCCGCACACAUGGCUUCCAGCGGAGGCCACCUGCCAGAUCAUCCUCGGCCAGUCUAUACUCUCGACUUUACUACUCGCUUAUUGCAUAUGUCCUUAUUUGUGACUCGAUAAAUAAUCCACCUCUCCUUCCCUCCGAGCCCUCGUCGGGCCCCUCAUCCCGUUCCGCGUUCCGCGAAUUGACACACAUUCCGCUAUGGCUGCCCAGUCGCUGAGCUCGUUGCUACAACGGGCAUCCAUUGACGACCACGAGGAAGUCCUGCAGUCAUGCAAUGCCGCGCUGGUCAAGUCGAAGUCGGACUUGCAUGCUCAGCACAUAAAGGCAGUUGCUCUGCUGAAGCUUGACCGCUAUGAGGACUGCCUGCGAGUAUUCGAAGAAGCCGGUGAUGGCUUGAAGAACAGAGCAGCUUUGGAAUACGCUUAUGCUCUAUAUAAAUGCGGCCAGCUGGACCCGGCAAUUGAGGUGGUAUCUCGUGUCGCCGGUGAGAGGGGUGCGCUGCAUUUGGAAGCUCAAGCCAGCUACCGUUCCGAGAAAUUCCGUCGCGCUGCCGAGAUUUACGAAGAAUUGUCGAAAGACAAUGCGUCCCUGUCGAACGAAGAGAACGAUUUGCGCAUCAACUCGUGGGCUACGGAUGCCCAGCUGCAGUGGAAGGGCUACCCCCAGUUUGUACGCCAUAGCAGGCCGAUGCGGGAUGAUCUAGAGGCGUUCGAGACGGUCUAUAAUGCAGCUUGCUUGAGUAUCGCCAAGGGCGAGUUCCAGCAGGGACAAGUUCUAUUGACUCGGGCUAAAGAACUCUGUCGUACAUCGGAGGAUCUCACCCCUGAAGACCGGGCUGCCGAGCUUCUUCCGAUUGCCGUGCAGCAGUUGUACGUCUUGCUUCGCCAAGGAAAGUCGGAGGAAGCACAGUCCGUCUUGGAGGAAAUUUCCGUCAGCGAUAUUCCCGAGCUCUCGACGAAGAAGAUCGCUCAGACCAACAUUACGCUUGCCCGUGGCACCACCACUACCAAUCCCUUCGCUCUGUACAAGGCUCUUCACGAGAUCCCCGAAUCCACCGACAGCGACAAGCUCUUCGAAUACCAAGAUAACCUCGCGACGGGAAACUCAUACUCGGCCGACCUCCUCGUUCAGAAAUACGAUGGCAUCAUCCGCUCCACCUCUAAGGCGCUCGCUCAAUCUGGCUACCCCUCGACGGAACCUCGUGCCAAUCUGCUUUCAGUCUACAAUGCUGCCGCUCAUGCACGUGGAGAAACAGGCACCAAGGCCCUGAAGCGGAUACUAUCUGCGCUCGACAGACGGCCCAAGGACCUUGGCCUUGCCCUGACAGCCGUCCAGCUCUACGUGGUUGCGGGCAACACGACGUCCGCAAUCACAACACUAGAGCGAACCUUCCAACUGCUCGACGAGUCCAUCUCCGAGCAAGACAAAGCAGUCCGCUUCAACCCCGGCCUCUUGAGCAUCCUCGUCUCCCUCUACAAGUUGGAGGGCCGUAAAGUCCAGAUCCGGACCGAACUCGCCAAAGCCGCAACCUACUGGCAGAGCCAAUCAGCCGAGCCACCAGCCUCCUUGCUCCGCGCCGCAGGGGCAUCCCUCCUGCACUCCUCCGAUCGCUCCGACCUCGCCAAAGCCGGCGACCUCUUCAAGUCCCUCUACCAGAAAGACUCGACCGACCAGUUCGCCGUAGCCGGCUACGUCGCCUCCCAGGCAACCAUCGACUAUUCCAAGGUAGAAUCCCAGGUCGACAGUCUCCCCUCCGUCGCGGACCUGAUCUCAGGCGUCAACGUCGCCUCCCUCGAAAACGCCGGCAUCUCCCCCUCCUCCGCGGCCAACGCCGCCGCCGCCGCCAUGGCCGGCGCCCGGAAGAGAAGCGCGAAGGACAAGGAAGACCGCGCAACCAAGCGCGUUCGCAAGGACCGUCUGCCCAAGGACUACGAUCCCAGCAAGACACCCGACCCGGAGCGCUGGCUGCCUCUUCGCGAUCGGUCUUCGUACCGCCCCAAGGGCCGCAAGGGUAAGCAGCGCGCUGCGGAGCGCACACAGGGUGGUGUGGUGAACGAAAAGGCUGAAGAGUCCCCGGCUCCGCCUACUCAGAAGGCCCAGGGAGGAGGCGGUGGAGGUUCUAGCUCGAAGAAAAAUAAGAAGAAGGGCAAGCGGUAGAUGCAGUAGAUGAUAACCACCGCUUUCCUUUAUUUCCCCCUUUUCUUUCUCACUUUCCCUCCGUUUCUUGCAUCGCAUUUGCUGGCAGGAUACCAAUCUAGAUGUUGUUGUUGUUGCAUGUUGCAGAGAACGAAGCAUGUGGAAUGAUAUUUGAUAGUCUCGGGUUGUAGCUAGAUAGAGCACACGCUGAUGAGUGAACGGCCUCCAAUCCUCCAUCGUGAGUAGCAAUCUGAGCCGUAUUAUAAUCAAUGAUAUGCAUGAUACAUAAUAAAAACUGU